CAAACUUUCUUCAUUUUUCUGCGGAAUUCAAAUCCGGUGCCCGCUGCGUGUUGCACGUGCUCUAUCGGUUGAAGCUGUCUGUGUCCUGGGACAUUGGUCUUCGUACCGAGGUCGCGUUAUGUCACAGUGUCGUUCAUACAAAGUGGCCCAGUCAUGCUUGAACGCAACGUGUCCUGGUCGCCUCUACAGCCAGUCAAGUCCUGUUACUGACCGGCGGCCAGAUCUAGAGCUAUCCUCCUAAUUAUACGAACCCCACUACUCCCGCCCACCAUGCCGAUGGAAGCGAAGGAAAUCGAACUCAAGGCCAAGGCCUUAACCAAGGCGGCCACGCAGAACGAGCCGGCGGCCAACAUCGUCGCUCUGCUCAAGGAGCUGCAACAAGGCGUCAAAGCGACGGAGGAUCUGCUGCGCUCGACGCGGGUGGGCAUCAUCGUCAACAAGUUCAAGCAGCACAAGGCGCCCGAGGUGGCGCGGCUGUCGAGCGAGAUCGUGUCGAAGUGGCGCAACGAAGUCAACAAGCAGAAGGCGGGCGCAUCGCCGGGCCCCAGCCAGCGGUCGAGCAGCUCGCCGCGGCCGACACCGAACGGCAGCACGGCCGCCUCGACGCCCUCGGACAAGACCUCGAAGCUGUCCGUGCCGCCGGACAAGCGCACGUGGAAGGCCGACGGGGUGGACACGAAUCAGACCUCCAACCGCAUCCGCGACAGCUGCAUCGGCCUGAUCUACGACGGGCUGUGUUUUAACUCGACGGAGGCGCCGCGCACGGUGCUGGCCAAGGCCUCCCUGGUGGAGGCGGCGGCGUACAAAGUCUACGGGCCGGAGACCAAGGAGCAGUACCGCACCAAAAUGCGCAGUCUCUACCAGAACCUGAAGAACAAGUCGAACCCGAUGCUGCGGGUGCGUGUGCUCAACGGCGAGGUCACGGCGGAUCACUUUGUCCGGAUGACGCACGACGAGCUGCGCUCGGCGGAGCAGCAGGAGCGCGACCGCAAGAUACAGAAGGAGAACAUGGACAAGGCCAUGGUGGCCCAGGCCGAACGCAGCAUCAGUACCAGUCUGCAAUGUGGCAAGUGUGGCCAGCGCAAGGUGACCUAUACGGAGGCGCAGACGCGCAGUGCCGAUGAACCGAUGACCUUGUUUUGUACUUGUCUGAACUGCGGAAAGUCAUGGCGGCAGUAGCAAGCAAGCUUUGUUGGUGUAUUUCUUGCUUUAUUUUUUGUUUUCUCUUUUGGCUGUGCUUCAAGGGAGGCUUUUUUUUCUUUCUUGUUCUUGUUCUAUAGCUUAUCUUGCGGCGAGAGGGGUGGCGGGCGUGGAGUUUUCCUUUUUAUCAUUGGGUUGAUCAAAACAUGGAUGUUCUUCUUGACAUUGACUUAUUAUGUCAUCCAUCUCUUUCCCUACAUAGACUGCACUGACAAUUG